GUUUCUUCGAACCUAGAAGAGGAACGAUGGUUAUUUAUCACUGUUUAAUAGACAAACUAUCCAAACAAUUCAAAGAAAUGAUUGAGAAUUAUGAUUUUUAAGUUCUUAAAAGUAAAUGAUUGGUUCAUAUUUGUAUACUUAGGAAGCUGAAGUCAGCAACUUUUGAAAACCAUACAGGUCUUCCAAUCAGGUACGGGUUUGUAAAGACUUGGAAGAUUUUUCUUGUUAAACGUCUGAAUAAUAAAACUCUCUCUCUGCCAACAUCUUUUUACAAGGGGCAGGCUUGUUUCCGGGUGUAUUUGCAACAUCAUACUCAAAAAUAUGCGUGGCUUUCCUUCUGCAUAAGAAAGGUCCAGUCAGAUCACACGUAUAUUUGAUACAAGGGCUUCUAACACAGAGCAUACUGGAGAAACUUUCUUCGGCGACAGCUUCUCCAUCCGCAACCGUCAUAACUGCAGUUAGGCAAGAAUCAGAAAAUACUCUGGUGCAUGUACAGAACGUAUGAUUGAACACGUAGCCAUUUGAAGUAAGUCGCUGACCAAUAUUGUUUGAAAUCUUAUAUAGUGGUUUAGUUGCCUCUAUGGAGUUGGCUUUCCACAUUGCAAGUUCUAUAUCUGCCUUUGUAUUCAUUACGAAAUCUCUAGGAGGAAGCCUGGUCGCUCCUGAUAACUUUACUAUGACGAUAAUAUAUAAGGUAAUUCUGAAUAAAGUAUACGUGUUGCUAGGAUGUCUUGCGUGCACAGGUUGCUUGAAAGAGUGCGUAUUAAUUGCUAUCAUUCGUCUAAAUUACGUGCUUAUCAGGAAAUUGAUAUAGUAGUAGUACGAGGAGUGAUGUCGUGUCUAAUAUAGAAAAGUAAAUGCAAUUUUGCCCUU